UGUGUUGAUCUGUGCUGCAGCAACGUGCAUCAGUUCCUUUCUGACCCCGGCGUUAAUCUGCAUUCAUUCUGAGGUUCCAAGCUUUUCUCCGGUGCUCGCUGAGUGUUUUAUCACUCGAGGCUUCGUCCUCUGUGGCAGGUCCGUAGGCCCCUUCUACGCUGUCGUGCGGGACACAGACACGCAAAAAAAAAAAAAAAACAGGCGAGCUGCACCGAGUCCAGUUUGCCGACUCGCAUCGAUUUAGUUCUGCCUGCUCGCACUUCGAGUCACGUCGUUUCGUCCGUCUUGGGUUUAAAAUCGCAGAGCCGCUACUGUCAGCGUACGUAAUGCAUCGCCAAGAGGAAACACAGUAAAUAGACGGAGACGUCCAUCUGCAGAAAAGAGGAAAUGAAGAUGGUGAUGACGGCUUCACCGAAGGCAACCUCUAGAUGCUCCACAGCAAUGGCGAAGCCUCCCCUCCCACUGAAGCGGUUACUCUGGGUGUUUAUUGUCUUUAGUCUGUCUCAAAGCUCCCUCCAGAAUGAUGAUGAUGAUGAGGUGUCUAACAAGACGUGGGUGCUGACUCCCAAAGUGUAUGAGAGUGAUGUAACACACAUCCUAAACAGCCUACUAGAUGGCUACGAUAACAAGCUCAGACCUGACAUUGGAGUCAAGCCAACAGUGAUCCACACUGACAUGUUUGUCAACAGCAUCGGCCCAGUCAAUGCCAUCAAUAUGGAAUACACCAUCGACAUAUUUUUUGCUCAGACCUGGUACGACAGGAGGUUAAAAUUCAACAGCACGAUGAAGGUUCUUCGUCUCAACAGCAACAUGGUUGGGAAGAUCUGGAUCCCAGACACUUUCUUUCGGAAUUCAAAGAAAGCCGACGCCCACUGGAUCACCACACCCAAUCGCAUGCUCAGGAUCUGGAAUGAUGGAAGAAUACUCUACACACUCAGGUUAACCAUUGAUGCUGAGUGCCAGCUUAAGUUAAAUAACUUCCCAAUGGAUGAGCACUCCUGUCCCCUGGAGUUUUCAAGCUAUGGAUACCCCAAGGAGGAAAUUAUGUACAGGUGGAAAAGGAGCUCCGUGGARGUUGGGGACAUUCGCUCAUGGAGGCUUUACCAAUUCUCCUUCGUUGGCCUGAGAAACACCACUGAAACCGUCAGGACAGUUUCAGGGGACUACGUAGUGCUGACUGUCUUUUUUGACCUGAGCAGGAGGAUGGGCUACUUCACCAUCCAGACCUACAUUCCAUGCACACUAAUUGUCGUCCUYUCCUGGGUCUCUUUCUGGAUCAACAAAGACGCAGUUCCUGCAAGGACUUCAUUAGGCAUCACCACCGUGCUGACUAUGACCACACUGAGUACCAUUGCCAGGAAAUCUCUUCCAAAAGUGUCUUACGUGACUGCAAUGGACCUGUUUGUGUCUGUCUGCUUCAUUUUCGUCUUUGCUGCACUCAUAGAGUAUGGCACACUACACUACUUUGUCAGCAACAGAAAGCCGAGCGCCAAAAAAGAUAAGAAGAAGAAAAACCCGCUCCUCCGGCUCUUUUCCUCCAAGCAGACACCAACGGUGGACAUUCGUCCACGCUCGGCGACAGCCAUCCAGAUGAACAACGCCACACACAUGCAGGAGCGAGACGAGGAAUAUGGCUAUGAGUGUCUCGAUGGAAAAGACUGCACCAGUUUCUUCUGCUGUUUCGAAGACUGCCGCUCUGGAGCCUGGCGGCAUGGAAGGCUGCACAUUCGCAUUGCCAAGAUAGACUCGUACGCACGCAUCUUCUUUCCCACUGCGUUUGCUCUCUUCAAUCUGGUCUAUUGGGUCUCCUAUCUAUAUCUUUAGGCAUGGGAGCAUUCCCAGCCAGUCCAUUACCAUUUUCUGUAUGCUCAGCGCCAGCAAGUGACAUUUUACAGGAAAGAGACCCACUGAAAUACCCCGAAAUUUCACAUUUUUGUUAUUUAAGUCCCUUUAAAUUUCCGCUAGUUUUUUUUCAGAUAACCCUAAUAAACAUUGCACAUAUUGUAGCACUGCAUUUUAUUGGUGUUAAAUGGUUUUACUGUAGUUGUGUUGCAAAAUUAUCGAUUCUGUAAAGGAUUACAAUCUAUUUUUUUUACUUCAGMUGGAAACAAUUCUUCUGAAAUAUAGUCUUAAAAUACAUAGUUAUUUAGAAUUAAUUUGACAUCAAGUCUGUUUGCCAUCAGAUGUUCAUGAAAUACAAAGAAUCWGCGUUUUACUGAAUGAAUGAAAUACUAAUGAAAUAUAUUAUUGAUGAAUUUUAAUCAAGUGAAACAGUCGAAAAUAAGUUAAGAUACUGGAUGUAAAAAAAAAACACCAUUGCAGAAAAAAAUUACAUUUUCAAGUAAACGUAAAAAAAAAUUCAUGUAGCCAAUUAUGUAUUGACUAUGACUAUCAGUUCUUUUAUGCUGAAAUGAUCACAUUCACAUCCUUUACAUUUUGUUUUUACGUUUUAUUUUUCAUUAACAGAAAUAUAAAAUCUGAGGCACUUUAAAAGAGCUUGUUUAACAAUGAACAACUUCAGUAAGUGUUUCAUGUGUGGUCAGAGUACAAUAACGCUUUAUAUGGACAAUGUUCAGCUGUACAGACGCUGUAUAUAUUUUAUUAUUACAUAGUGGUUUGUCUCUAUUGCAUGCACCUUUCAGGCCAAAAAAACCCAGCAUAUCUUUACGGUCUUCUACUGUUGGCUAUGGUGACAGCAAAAGAAUCAAAAAAAUUAUUUCGACUCAUUUAAUAAACAUUUCUUUUUUUAUAAAAUCUAGAAAAUUAAAUCUUAUAAAAGGUUCUUAAGAUCUUUUUAUGUUAAGGUUUUAUCGUUGCACAUAAGUGGGAAGAUCAGCACAGUAUUUAAGCAAAAAUAUCUCAAUUAAUUGUUUUCCCCUUCAAGAAUUAGCCUGCAGCAUCAAUAACUUUGACCCUUCAUGUCCACAUUUAUUUGCCCUCAAAAGCGCUCAUUAACAUAACAAUAAUCUGCUUCUAUUCUUAGGCUAUUCAGGAGAAACUGGGCUGAAAAAGCUGAUAAUUAUUUUGCCCUUUGCGUUAUCAGAAUGAUAGCUGCACAACCAGAGGUUCAUUUUURCUUUGAAAUUAAGGACUCAAAACUUAUCUACAUGUCAGUGCAACUGUGAGUCCAGGCAGCUUUAAGAGUAUUUAGARAUGUCUGCAGAUGCAUUUAUUAUCUUUAAAAAGAAACUCCUAAUUAUCCCACGGCUGCUUUAUCUGAAACCAGAUGUGUAAAAAAUGUUAUCCGGCGUCUCUUGUCUCUGCUAAUAAUCACGUUGAGAAUGUAAGUCCCUUCAUAUAGUCAUAAAAAAUAUUUUUGGGGUGUUAAAGGCCUUUAUUUCUUGGUCUUUAUUUCUAUUAAGGUUGGAUUAAAUGCGUGACGACAGCAAAUGCUGUGGAUGACAACAUGCAACGCACGUGAACAAGAACCCGAUGCUGUUCAGUUUUGUUAGACCCCAGUAUGCAAUUGACAGUGUUGCAGAAUGAUUUGUAAAAUCACACAGAAUGGGUGUAAAUAACAUGGUCUAUGUACAUAAAUUAUAAAUGGAAAAAACACUUGUCAAGCCUUUGGCAUUUUCUAAAAGGGUAUAUAUUUUGUAAUUGUAACAUUGCUACACUAUCAAUCAACACUAUACUAUAUUUAUUGUUUAUGCUGGACUGACCAUGCAACAUACUUGAUGGGGGAAGGGCGGGCAGGAUUGUGCAAUGGGGCUAUUUAUUUAUUUAUUUAUUUAUAUAAUUGUUGAUGGUAUUAUUUUGAAUUUAUUAAAUUGCAUUUUAUGCUCAUAUGACCCCUUAAAAGAAACAGAAUGCUGUCAUCUAUAUCAACGAUACAUUAUUGUUCAAUGUGUCAAUAGAACUUGAGCCUAUUUAUCUUGUGUUUUCUAUGUUGUGAUCAAUGUACGCUACUCUCAAAAAGGCCUGUCAAAAUGUUCUAUUUGUUGAGUGACUUGCAAAAUUAUAUUUCGUGCUGCUUCUGCGUUGUAGAUUUUAUUUAGAUGACAAAAAAAAUGCAAGCGUUCCAAAGCCAAAAGAAGAAGAACAUUUGCUUUUCUUCUAUAAUUUUUUUUUUCACAUUUUCCAGCAACAUUCAUUCAGUUGUUUGCUGUGGUGUUGACUUUUUCCGUAAGAAGUCAAWGCAAUUACGUGUAUAUCCAGAUUAUAUUAUAUUCCCCCAUAUGUCUAAAAUKAUAAUUCCACUGUGUUCCACUUAGCAGGUUGAACCUGUUGUCAGUGUCUACAUGUGCAUCGUUAGGGACAUGAGAUUGUCAUUAGCAUCAUAGAUAAUAAUAAUAAUCAGUAAUUGCAGUGCCAAAACUGACAUACAAGUCUACUGAAUACCUAACKUUAGUGUUGUUUUUGAAAUAUCUCUGACUUCUUUAUAAACUGACCUGGUUUUUGAAGUUCACCAACACUUCUAGUAUAGUUCCUCAAUUCAUUUGUGGUACAAUGCAAAAUCCAAAUUACUAAGAAGAAAAAGCAACAGGUCAAAUGAAACCAAAAUUUCUAAAAUCUAAUUAGUGUGAGAGGUCACAUUGGAAGAUGCUUCUGCCUGAUGAAAAAUGUUUUGGGUUUUCAGUAUUGGGGUAAAGGUUGAAGCCUGUUACUAGUAAGUUUAUUAUACUUCUGUUUGGUAUCCUGUGAAUGCAGAGAUCUAAAGGUSUGCACAAAGUACUGAGGCAGGUUUACACUCCUAAGCAUGCUCGUUGAAUAAAUUAUCAGUCAAAAAGUUUUGGAAAGACUGGACUUGGUUCAUCUUUUUAUAAAUACUGUGUCGCCACAGACAUCAUCAUUCACUCUAAGCGUUUUAACAUGUGUUAUUUAUUUUGGGACCAAUGGGAAAAACAUAAAGUAUGUGAGCAGCACAUGUAGAUAUUUUGUGUUAUCAAUGUUAUAAAUCUUCAGAAAAGAAAACAAAAAGCACUGGACAUGCAGGGCUUUGUAAAAGAUACCCAACAGAAAAAUGCAUCCAAUGAGAUUCAUCCAUACAAUAUUAGUUGCUUUGUGUUYAUAUCUGAUUAUUGUGUUGAAGGGGCACUGAUCAAAUCUGACAGGGUCUAGAUCAUAUAUUACAAAUGUCCUAGAAAUAUUCAUUUUCAUGAGAAAACAGCACAUAGUUGUAAAAUUUUAUAAUAAAAAGGUUGCAUUUGUCUGCGUGUA